AAAUGCCAGUGUCCGAUUGAAGAAAGCUUCCAGACUYGAAGAAAACCUUGCUGCGUCAAGACAAACAAUAGAAUAUAAAUUAAUUUUAAUUUCUUUAAAUAAUGAAAGACAUUGAAUAUCAAGUAGCCCCACUUUGGUUAACCACGGAGUACGUCGAGUCUAUUUUACGGAGAUAUAAGAAGGAUGAAGGACUUACAAUCACAAAACUGGACAUAAAACCAGCUACAAAAAAGGGUGACAAUUACGCCAGUGUGAUGACACGAAUCAGCGUCGAUUUMACGUUAAGCACCAAGAAAACGCAACAUGGUUUAUAUAUCGUAAAGACCUCACAUGAAAGUGAUCCCUUCAUAGCUGGUAUCAUGAGUCAAUAUGAUAUCUAUAAUACGGAAAUGUUAAUGUACGAAAAAGUCUUACCAAAACUGACCGAGCUGCUAAAGGAAAUCGGUGACACAGAUAAACUAUUUGCCGACACCAUUUAUGUGGACUACGAGCAUUCAGCUAUAAUUUUUGAAGACCUGGCUGUGUUAAAAUUUGUUACUCCCGAUCGUUUAGUUGGGAUGGAUGAAGCGCAGACCAUGUUGACACUUAAAAAACUAGGCAAAAUGCAUGCCACCGCGGCCGUACUAAAUGAGCGUGAUCGUGGCAUUCUAACUAAAUUGCAAAGGGGGAUAUUUAAUCGUCAAACAAGUGGGUUUGCACCGUUUUUCGAGGGCGUUAUAGAGGCUUGUGCGGAUUUUGCUGGAGAGUGCGCGAGUUUGGGAUCUUAUUACAAGAACAAACUGCUCAAGUUAAAGUCACAUGUGAUGGAAUAUGGAACGCGUUCCUUUGAUCCAUGUCAGGAUGACUUUUUAACACUUAAUCAUGGUGAUAUGUGGACCAAUAAUGUAAUGUUAAGGUAUGAAUAUUGUGACGGUAGUGAUGAACGAUCAACAACUGGAAGGAUAAUUAAAGAUAUCCUGCUGAUCGAUUUUCAGUUCAGUGCAUGGACGUCGCCAACGCUCGACCUUCACUAUUUCUUUCAAACUUCAUUGCCUUUAGAAUUUAAGCUGCACCGAGAGGAUGAACUUGUCAAGUAUUAUCAUGGUUUUUUGUCUGAAACUUUGCGUCUACUCCAUUAUAAAGGACACAUUCCUAGUUUACAUGAAUUUACUGUGCAAAUGGAGUCUCACCGAUUUUACGCGGUUGCUUCGUCGCUGACAUGUCAGGCUCUCCUUAUUAAUGACAAAACUGAUGAAGCCGAUUUCAACAUUGUGAUGGGAACUGGGGAACGUUCGCAUGCAUUUCAUARGCUUUUAUACACAAAUAAGAGAAUACAAAAUAACGCUAUAGCAUUACUGCCUUACUUCGAUCGCAAAGGACUACUUGAUGUAACUAAAAUUCAUCAAAUACAUUGCUGUCUCUACAACUCGGUGGUGCUGAGCAGUGAUCGCAUUGAAUUUGAUUUAAUUAAAAUGAAGAAAACUACUGAGUCAGUUUUARCUUGGUUAACAAAGGAAUACUUCGAGACAAUUUUGCGCGAAUACAAAAAAGACAAAGGACUCAUUGUAACAAAUAUUAGUGACUCUAGCGGAACAUCAAAAGGUGAUAGUUUCAUUAGUACUUUAACGCGUUUUAAAGUAGAAUUCCUGGAGUCAAACUGCAAGGAGCCACGUCAGGGAUUUUACAUCGCAAAAACUAAUUAUGAGGGUGAUCCAGUCAUUGCUAGAUUUAUGAAUGAUUUCGAUGUUUACAACAGAGAAAUGCUUAUGUAUAAACAGAUUCUACCACAAAUGACCGCAUUAUUGGUAGAAAUAGGGGAUGACGACAAGCUCUUUGCUGAUACAAUACAUGUGGAUUUCGAACGAUCAGCUAUAAUUUUUGAGGAUUUGUCGGCGUCAAACUUUAUUGUAGGUGAUCGUAUAGCCAGGCUGAAUGAGUCGCAAGCUCGGCUAACCUUGAGGAAACUGGCUAAGUUUCAUGCUACUUCCGCUGUGCUUAACGAACGCACUCCAAAGAUUUUGACUAAUUUACAAGGUGGAUAUCUCAGACGUACAAACCGCGCUUUUGAACCUUUCCACGAGGGCAUGUUUGAGGUAUGUGCAAAUUUCGCUGACAAUUGUGAGGAAUUGGGGCCUUACUACAAAGAGAAAUUACUUAAACUGAAGCCAUAUGUAUUCGAGUAUUCUGUGCGGAGUUUAGAUCCUAAACAGGGGCAUUUUCUCACGCUCAUUCAUGGCGACGUUUGGACCACUAAUAUAAUGUUCUCAUUUGAAGAGAAUGGCGACAAUAAUCGCACAAAGCACGUUAAGGAUGCACGCUUAAUUGAUUUUCAAUUUAGUAAUUGGUCAUCGCCAGCCGCAGAUUUACAUUACCUAAUCAACACUUCAUUUGAAAACCAACUGCGUUUACAUCGUCAGGAUGAAUUAAUUCAAUAUUACCAUGAGGUUUUAACUAGCACACUACACAAGCUAACAUAUGGUGGGCAUAUUCCUUCCUUACACGAACUCUGUGUUCAAUUGGAGGAUCGACGCUUCUACGCAUUGACAUCUACGAUAGUAAACCAACCGCUCCAUAUCAGUGAAAAGAGUGACGAUUCAGACCUUAAUAGCUUAACCGAGAUUAAUGAGCGUUCCAAAAAUUUUUAUAAAGGAUUGUAUACCAAUAAAAAUGUACAAAAUAUAAUCAAAGUACUACUACCAUAUUUCGAUCGAAAAGGCCUUCUAGAUGUAUCUGACUAGAUUUGACUGUAAGAAUGAUACGAUUGCUCUGUACAAAUAAAAUAAUAUUAAAGAAGUA